CUAAAAUAGAAUAUUAUACAAAUUUAAAAAUAGAAACAACAGCUAUCGAAAUACGACAAUUUUCUAUAAAUACUUUUCUAGAAAAAUAACUCAAUGAUUAUUGUUAAUGGCAUUAAUAGACCUACUGCUAAACCGUUUAGAUAUUUUUGUCAGUUCCAGCUUAUACGUCCGUCUUAUCUGUUCUGUUGUAGUUGUACGCGUCGUUCUUGUUUCAAUUACCUACUUAUAUUAUUUUUAUUUCAUUAUGCCGAAAACCAAACAAUCUGCGACAAAUCGUUUGAAUAGUUUUGUUUUGGAAUAUGGUACGGAUAUAUUCAAAACCGACGGAAGUAUUUUAUUCUGUAAGUUAUGUGAAGUGAAGGUCAACAGUGAUCGAAAAUUUGUAGUGACUCAACACGUUAACACUGAGAAACAUAAACGAGCGGUUAUUAGAAAAAACGAAAAAAACAAAAAUUCUGAAAUCCAACAGCUAGUAACUAAUACUCCGAAAAAGUGUCUUUUUUCACACGAUUUGUGUAAAGCAUUAUUGUCGGCAAACAUACCACUUUACAAAAUAAGUAAUCCUCAAUUAAAAUCAUUUUUAGAAAAGUAUACGUCAAGAGAAAUUCCUAGUGACUCGACACUACGCAAAACUUAUGUCAACGACAUAUACGAAGAAACUAUGACAAAUAUAAGAGAACAAAUUAAAGGAAAUAAAAUAUGGGUGUCGAUUGACGAAACUACUGAUUCUGAAGGAAGAUAUGUAGCUAACGUUAUUAUAGGAACUUUAAAUACUGACGCACCGGGAAAAACUUAUUUGCUAACAACCGAAGUUCUGGAAAAAGCGAAUAAUUCGACUAUAGUAAAACUUUUUGAUCAUUCAAUGUUCGUCCUCUGGCCAAACGGAAUUCGUCAUGAUGACGUCCUACUGUUUGUGACCGAUGCCGCACCAUACAUGGUGAAAGCUGGGCAAACACUUCAAUCACUGUACUCUAAAAUGAUACAUUUAACAUGUCUCGCACAUGGUAUCCAUAGAGUAGCCGAAAAUAUACGGGAAAAGUUUAAAAAAGUUGAUAAACUUAUUUCCCGGGUUAAACAGGUAUUCUUAAAGGCUCCUUCACGUGUUUUAGUGUUUAAAAGUGAAGCACCAGCCAUACCACUUCCACCAGAGCCUAUAUUAACUAGAUGGGGUACAUGGAUAAUGGCAGCUUCCUAUUACUGCAAAUACUACAAAGUUAUACGUAGAGUAUUACUAAGUUUAAAUGCUGAAGAUGCCAUUUCUGUUAAAGAAGCUCAACAGUUAAUUCAAGAACCCGAUAUGGAAGCUAAUUUGGUAUACAUACAUUCAAAUUUUGGAUUUAUACCGGAAUAUAUAACGAAACUUGAAACACAAUAUAUUUCACUAUCCGAAGCAUUAUCUGCGGUUAAAUAUGUUCAAAAUAAAUUAAACGACUGUGAAGGUGAAAUCGGUGUUGCGAUAUUUCAAAAAUUAAAUAAUGUAUUGGAGAAAAAUUCUGGCUUUAAAACGAUACUUAAUAUUUCAAAAAUAUUAAGUGGACAAGAAAGUUCAAUGGAAGGUCUUCCUGAUGAUUUGACUGGUGACGAUAUUACAUAUUUCAAAUAUGCGCCGAUUACGUCAACUGAUGUUGAACGUAGUUUUUCAAGGUACAAAACUUUGCUUGUGGAUAAUCGGCGAUCAUUCAAUUUUGAAAACAUCAAAAAAAGUUUAGUGGUCCAAUGUAACACUUUUGAAGGUAUAUAAAUAUAGCUCGACAGAUGUGCAUUUUUUUAUUC